AUGCCACCUUCCCAACCGACCCUAGGCUGGAUCUGGCCCAAAGACCCGCGACCCGGCAAUCCCUCACGCUGGCCACGCCGAUGGCGAUUCCUCGACGUGUUAACCAACAAAGGGCCCGACAUGUACGUCGGCGUGAUCGGCAACGGCAAGACCGCCCAAAAAUCCGGCUCCAACCCCUUCACAAGCCACUGGGCGCGCUGGGACAAAGAUCUCGCCGAAGAUAACACUCCGAUCCCAUGGGCGCACCGCAACGAAGCGGAGCGGUAUGAUUUUCGGAGACGCAAGUACGUCGUUCCCGACCAGGGCACGUGGAGUCGUGUUGAGUAUUGUAGCCUGCGUGGCGAUUCGGGUGGAUGGCGCCGUGGUGGGUCGAAGGAGUCGAGGCAUUGUGUGCCACGACGGUAUUGGGAUCGAAAUGGUGAUGAAUACCCGUCGAAUCAUUGGCAUGAUAUCGUUUAUGGAGCGCAUGGGGAUGCGAAGUGA